CAUGACUCAAGCCGUAAAAAAAGCCUGUGAAAAACCAGGCGAAAAGAAGCAAGUGCAAUUUGGUGGAGUAGUGGAGUAUAUUCCUUUCUCAUUUAAUCUUCCUCUCUUACUUCCCUAUUGCCAAUUAGUUGAGCUUACGUUUUCUUCUUAUGUACAGGAUUUAAAUUCCCUACCGAUUACGAAUUCUAAACUUCAUAAACAGUUAAAUUUAAGUCAUUCCCAAACCUCAUAUUUAAAAAUUGAUGAAGAUGGAAAUCAUCCAAUUGAGAUACUUUAUAAUCAAUUCUUAAGCUCAAUAGAAAAAUUACAUGAUAAACAGUAUGAUUUAACAAAAAGUGAUUGUGAACAACUAAUUGAAUUGAUCAAGGCACGUCGUAGAAGUGACGAUGCUAUUUCUUGUCCUAUACUAUUUGAUCGCAGUGAUAGCGAUGUACCAGAAUGGAAAUGUUUUUUAAAGACUGUAGAAAAUCAAGGUCAACAAUUGUCAAUAACCUUCGUCCCAAAGUCCUACGCCGAUUUUAUUAUGCUGGUCUGCGAUAAUGAAUUUAUAAAGGAAAGGAGCGAAAAACCUAGCAGACGUAGAAGUAGAAAUAAGGGCCCUGAUGUUGGCCUAUCACCUAAGAGUAGCCCCUCCACAGACGAAUCCUCAGCGAAAAAUAUUACUGACUCUGAUAGUGACUUAAAACGAGACUUCCCGGAAAUAGAUAGUUGUACAGAGAAAGGGAGUCAAUAUUCUUGGAAAUCAUUAAUUAUACCUGUUUACGUAUUCAGCUCCAAUUUAGAUAGCUUAAAACAAUCUCUAUAUCGAAGAGACGCUUCUAGGCCGUGCGAUGUUUACGAUAAUUUUACCUUUCAACGUCAACCUAAUAGAGAAUCAAGCGAAAAUUCAAAAGAAGAUAAAAAUAGAAGAAUAAACAGUCCAUAUAGAAAGAAGCGGUUAGAUUCUGAGGGUGAUAGACGCUGUCGAAAUGAGAGUGAGUCCAGUUGGAAGGGUAGACAACGUAGUAAAUCUGGUGACAAAAAUUACAUAUACGACGCCACAACAAGAAAACUUUGUGUAUACCUAAGGGAAACCUAUUUACGUUGCUUCGUAGCAGGAAUUUUUAAGAGCCUAAGAAGAAACUUUUAUGUAGACAAAAACGAUGCAGAACGAAUUAACGAGAUUUGUGAAGAGCAUAUCCUUCAUGAAAUAGAUAUUUCAUUGUUCCUUCAGCAUGUAUGCGGUCAUUGUACUACAGAGGAAAAUGAAGAUGACAGCAGUGUAACAAAGCUAAUAAAUAUUCAUGAAGAUCUUUGCGAAAAAGUUAGUGAUCUACAUCAAAAUAUUCAGGAACGCUAUCAAGCUAUACUGAAUAAAUAUUUUCAAAAAAUCCCGACUGCACCAGAAUUAUAUUAUUAUUGCGGUAAUAAACCCCAGAAAGGACAAUAUGAGGAAACAUUUAAAGUUGAUACAGAGGAAAUUCUUAAGUUUUCUUUAAUUGAUGAUAAAUCUCUUGAUAAUACUGCCACUUGUCCUGAAGAUAAAGCUUCAAAUCUAUCAAUUAAGGAUGAAGAGAGUACAUCGGAAGAAGAUGAUGACGAUGACUUUAGUUUGGUUCAAUUUGAUGGCGAAUUGGGAUGUAAUGAAGCUGUCAAUCCGUUAUUUGUCACGUUUUGGUGCACAAUAAGAUUAUCAAAAAAGUCUUUAGAUAUGGAUAGUAUGCCCCUAACAAAUUUACCUGUUUGCUUUAAAAAUUUAGAUGAUUGCAUAGAUCUUGAACAGGAUCUAAAUCUGAAUGAUUUUCGCAUUACCCUCGACAUAUAUUGCCUAACAUUAUCACCGGUUGAUGAAGACGUAUUAUCAGAUUCAGCAGAUCGCAGUUUUUUACAGAGAAUGACCUCUAUUAAUUCUGAUUAUAUUGACACAACAAUACCCAAAGCCGAGGAUGAGGAAACGCUUGAAGAAUACGGAGAUAUUCAUACGAAGAUGAUAUUUUCUCAUCAUCACUAUCCAAAUAUACCUCAAUCACAACAAAAUUCUUUAUCAAGUUGUCGCAAGCGUAUUCAAUGGCUUUUGGAAGAUGAAAUUGUCUCUGCUAAACGUUCUCUACCAGUUUCUGAGCAUAGCCUAUCUAUGGUUGCAGAUCAUGUUGACGGUACUCGAAAAAUGAGAACCGAAGAAGUUUUUGACAAUGACUUAAACUUAAGUACAUUUUAUUAUGAGGAAGUUCCUUUAAGGUUUGUUUUUGGACCGGACGAGAGCUAUGAACAUUUCGUAGAACAUUUUGAAAAUAUUGAAUUGAAAAGUUACAAAUUAGAGAAAAUGGGUCAAUUUUAUUAUGCUUGUUCUAAUGAAAUACCAAUAACAGUUGCUGAAAUAAGCGAUGAAAAUGAUGAUAUUCUGGUGAUAACAGAUAGUGGAGCUGAGCCCGUUAUAACAGAAUAUAUAAGACAAAAUAGCUGCCCAAUCUCGGAAGCAACAAAAGUGAUAGUGGAAACGACAGAAUCAAGGUCAUCAUCGCCAAAUUCUGAAAGUAGUAGCUCAAUAUUAGUAUUGCACGAUGAUGAUUCAAAUAGGAGCUCUUUUUGUUUGGAUGAAACUGCAUCAUGUGCUUCAAGUUUGACAGUUGUAGGUACGUCGUUCAAAGAGGGUUUUACUGAAAAUCCUAAGCUAAGAGAAGACACUGCUUCUAACCUUCUUCUGGCCGCCGAAAAAGUGGAGAAAAUUAGAGAUAACACUUUAGCCCAGUCACCUACCAGAGAUAAAACAAAAGUUAAAUCUGAUUCAAUUCCGACGGUUAAUAAGCAAGUUAAUGAUUUAAAAAAGAGUAUCAGUACUCCGGUCAGCAGACAACCUUCGGGAACUAGAUCAAGGCAUCAUAGCGGACUGCAUACACCCUUAUCAACAGUUGACUUGUCAAGUAGAGGGAGUGCGGUAGGUGAAGAGGGAUACGAUGGGGAUGAGAGUAACAUAGGUGAAUCUGAUAUUGAUAUUGGUCCACACGAUAAACACUUAAAUGCAACACCAUAUAAUUUUUGGCUUAUAUUUAAACUGGAGCACGAUAAAGUUACAGUCUAUUUGCAUACUAGAGAAAUGUGGAGUAAUGAAGUGACAAACACCAAACAUAAAUCUCUAUUCACAGACGUUAUAAGACAAAUUAAAAAAAAUAAUAAGACAGUCAAUCAAAAAUUAUUACUAGACGAUUUAUUUAACACAAAAAUCUGUGAUAUGCUUUUAGUUGAUAAUGAUGAAGGAGAUGUAAAAUGGUCAAAUGCGAAUGAUAAGAAAAGAGGAUCCGAUUCUGAAUCGGAUCAUGAAGAAGAAAAGAAUAUAUUUGAUAGAAGGUUUUACCAGCCGGGUUUCUUUGCUUGCGAUAGUGUUUGGCAUCACGAAUUUAAGUUGCAUCAGAGACUACAACAACGAGCCACUUCGAACUUGAAGAAUGUGUUUGAAAAGGUUAUGAGACCUUUUAAGGUUAAGAAUCGCGGAAAAUUAUACGUUCUUAAGGAUGAGGAAAAAAAUCGAGUGUUUUAUUUUACAUUGGAAGAGAAAGAUAAGGAUGAUAAAGAAGUUGCCCCACAAAAAUCUGGAUCGUCUAAAGAAGGAAGUAGCGAAGCUGAAUACGUGGAAUUAGUUGUUUACGGAAUCUCUGAACCAACUUCGGCCGUAACUCAAGAUUUAGUUAAGCAUAUACAAAAAGCUUUAGAUGAUCAAGUAUUGAGUUUAUUAUAUCUUUUACUGGGAAGAAAUGUAUCGGCUAGACUUAAUUCCAAAGAUGUCAAGUUUCUUCAAGGUGAAACUAUUGACGAUCAACCUGCAGAAAUAAUACAAGUGAAUAUACCUCAGCUACCAAUAGUUGUGGUAAACGGAGAAUCCCUAAUGUAUUAUUUACGGCAAAACUUAAAAGUUUUCCUUAAUACGCCUAAAUAUCUGAGUAACGACGAGGAUAAUUUGUUUCGAAACUAUACAAUAGAUACAGCACCGCCUAUUAAGGAAACGGAUAUAUUCAUGAAUAGAUCAAAUACCAAUAUAGGAUUGGCUGUAAUACAUUUGUCAGUUGUUGAUGGGUCGGGCAAAGAAACUCAGUUCUUACGCAGUUAUCUUAAGCCUAGAUAUGAUAACUAUAAAAGCUCUCCGCAUAAAGAUUCAUUGUUUAGUGUUGUAGCAGCAUCUCCUUACGAAGGAGAAGCUAAACAAUCUCCAGGUCCGACUGCUCUAAUUAAAUUUAGUAUUUGGGAAAGAGGUUCAGUUGGUUUAUUACAAUUAAGAGACCAACUUAUCCUUGCGCUAACACAUUCUAUCUGUGAUGUCAUUAUGGAAUAUCAGAUUUUAACCGCUCCAAUUUGCCAAUCUGAUAAAUCUGAUAGAAAUAUGGACUCGUUUAAGUCAGCUCCACCCUCUCCAUCUUGCAAAAAAUAUGGACCAUUUCAUCAAGCAGAGUCAUUAAGCCCGGUUGCGAGAGAAUUGCAAUUUGACACCAAUCUCAAAACAAAGAGGUCUAAAUCUUUUAUAUUUGGUGAAACAGCCAAAUCAAGAUGGAAAAGUGGUAGCUCUGUUCCAAAAGUAAACUUACAGUUGGAACCAGUAAGUCUCUUAAGAGCUGUUCCAUCGUCCAUUGAUGCCGAAGAUCAACAUCAUAUAGCUUUGAAAUACGAGAAAGGAGAAAUUGGAAAUUUACAUUACAUAAUGGCUGAUCUCAUGCCCCAAUGGUUCUCCUGUUGUGAAUCUUUAGGAGUUCCAUCAAUUAAAAAAGUUUCUCUCAAUCUUCAAUCACAAACUGCCAUCGAUUACGUGCUACACGAUUUACGAGUAAAAAUACAAACACUACCUUAUUUCUUGACAUGUCGCGUCUUCAAAAGAAAUAAUCAGAACGAUUAUGUUAACUAUAAGCCUAGUCGAUCACCAAUACUAAUGCAAAAUCCAAGCCAAUGCAAAGUUGAUGAACUAGCAAAGAUUGACUAUAUUCUAGUUGCAAGAGAUUACGAUCAUUGGUGCAGUUUUAUCGAAUUUGACGAUAAUUUACACGAUCCAAUUAAGUCUAUUAAAAAACGUAAAAAGGAUCUGCAAAAAUGGGAAGGCGUUUCGAAUACUGCUCUUGCUGAAGAUGCAACGGAGAAAUCGCAAUCACAAUUCAUCCCUAGACAAAAUUUCCUAUUCCUAACAGAAAGUGAUAAAACGUUUAAUCUGUGGACUUAUAAUUGGGUAACACAGACGAUGGAUACUUUAUCGGAUUAUUUAACAAAGAUAAUUCAUUGGCAUAAUCUUAGAGAUCACGUUUUGAAUAGCAUCGUUCAUCAGAAAAUGGGCCUAUUUCAACAUAAAAAAAUGACAGAGUUACCCAACGAAUUAAAGAGUAAAAAUCAUCUUACUACGGCUUCGUCUGAAGUAGAUUUAUUAGUAAAGUAUACGUCUGCUCCUACAAAUGAAUUAAAUAAGAGAUCUAGGUCGAAACAAAAUCUAUCAAACUCUAAAAGUAGAUUAGAAGAGAAAGGAGGAUUCGAUGCUAUUUAUAGAGGAAGAAAUCCGCCAUUGCCAUUGCAUGCCGAUCCAAAAUAUGGUAUACUUAGGGAUCCUUUGCACAGGCAUGGUGGACAAAUGCUGGAGCUACGAGGAGGGGCUGUUAUCGAACGCGAAGAAAACGAAACUUUAAGACAAGUCCAAAAUAAUUGGAAUAAGAAUAAAUAUUCUGGACCACCGCCUAUAUCCAGAGUCACUGUUGAAUUAAUUAAGAAAAAAUCACGUCUUAUUCAUCAAGUAUCAACACCACUACUUUUCGAACAACCCAAGAGAGAAGUACCAAUUACCAGCCGGAGGCCAUCUUUACAAACUUCUGAUUAUACAGAUGGCAAUGCCUUCUAUUUUGAAAAGAAAUCAAGGCAUAAUUCGGGAGCGAGCAAUAAAAAUGUCAAAGUAGAUAAAAGAAUUGAUGAUGUUGUAGCUAAAUUGAAAUCGGAGGAAGAUUCUUGCCUAAAUAAGAUAAAAUUUGAAUUUAUACUCCAAUAUAUUAACUAUUUUGAGACUGAAUUCUCAUUUAAGAGAGUUACAUUCCUUUCAAUGGAUUCAGGUCCUCCUACAUCAAAACCUUUGGCUAGACGUCGGAGUAGUGUUCUAUCAAAUAAUUUACAAUAUUUAACCUAUCUGCAAAAAGUUGCUUUUCUUGGUGGAAUUGUUCUUUUGGAAAUUGGCUUUAGUUCGAAUAGUUUUGUUGUUAAUGUAUUCGCUUACGAAUGCAAUCGGCAUAUGAGUUACCGGCAGUUUCCCUAUCAUUCAGAUUUAUUUACGAAAGACUGCGACAAAUAUAAAGAAAUUACUCACGUGCAUUCAUUCUCGAAUGAUUUUCAUUUGAGAUUAUUAUCUGAAGAUGUUAAGGCUAUACUUAAUGGACAAAAGACAGCAGUCGAUUUUGAUAUCAUUACGUUCCUCCACUCUUUAGUUCAUUACUUUCAGUAUCCACCAACUUUUGCUAGAAACUACGUUGUAAGAGGAGAAUUCUCAAAAGCUCUAACAGGAACAAAUAGUGAACAAGUUUUUGAAUAUAUGUUAGCCCAUGGAAAAACGUUUGGCUUAACUGAGAUUAAAAUAAGGAAAACUGACGAUUUUCAUUCAUUCUCUGCAACGGACGAUAGAGCAUUGGUAGCUCAAAAGAUAAUUGAUAGAGAAAAUCUUCCAAAUAAUAUACCGGAAUAUGUUGUUACUACAAUAAUAUCUAGAGAUCUUUCCACUCCACCUGAACGUCUGAAAUUUACAUUCUUCGUUAUAUUAACAACGGAGAUUGUAACGUAUCCGAAUCAAAGUUGGUUUGACGAGAAAAAAGUAACGGAAGAGAUGUCAGAUGAAACUUUUAGCGCGACUGAUCAAUUAAAAAUGUCAUUAGAUGACCAUAUUUGGGCUGAUAAAGAGGUUGUUUAUGAUCCUAAAACAAACUAUAUGGGAUUUUCAAACGCCCAUCAAACACCCGUUUAUAAUAUUGCUGUUAGAGAAGCUGACGGAUUGCGUAAAAAGAUUGUAGAACUUACUGAUAUAUUUGUUAUGCACCAACGAAUUGACGCUCUUUGGGAUAGGAUUUUGGAAUUACCUACGACUACGAAAGAACAGAAAAGAUCUAAAAAGAAAGAAUUAAAACCUUUAACUGUUGAAAGUAUUAAUCAAUCGUUAAAAAAUGUCGAAAGGAUAGACAUCACCCAUAUUGAUCGUAGACUUAGCUUUUUGAAGAAUUUAAAUUUAAGCCAGUAUAUAUCUCUUGUUGAUAUCAUACAGCAAAAGAAAUCUUUACAGUUCCGUCAAUACAUUAGCGAAGGUUCAAGAUGCUCCAUUGUUAUUAGCAAGAAUAAGACUAUACUAAUUUUGCUAGAAAUUGAAGAUGAGAUGGGAGUUACAGAAGUGAGUAUUGUUCAAAAGAAACCUAUAUCAGAGUCAAAAGGUCAGACGGAUGAAACGUUUACCGAUUUGUCAGAACUGUAUGAUCAUAUUGAAGAAUUUGUUGACUGUUGCUGUUUCUUUCUUUGGUCGCAUUUUAUAAGUUGUCCUGGGGUCUGGCUGCCUCAUAAAGAACAAGUCUACUUGUGCGUUCGACUAUUUGGACAAUAUCGAUGUACUCAACUGAUUGAACCGAUCUUUCCGUUAAUAUUCAACGAAAGUUUUACAUUCGACAAGAUUUUCUAUACCGCCUAUAAACCGGAACAAUUAUGUCAUCGUAUGGAAGAAGAACUUGUCCAUAUCGAAUUGGUUCAACUGUCGGAUACGAGAGCCGGCCGGAGAAUAUUGGCAGAAUACCAGAUAUCUGCAAAGGAGUUUCUCUUUCCUUACCCAACAUUUAGCCCUUCCUAUAGCUCUACUGAUCGGCAAAUUCUGUUAGAACGUGGUCUAUCAUUCCCCGGAAUAUCUCCAAAAAUGGAAUUUUCAACAAGAACAAAUAUACAAGAAACGUGUAUUGCCGCUGUAACUGGAUUCGAACCGUCGAUUUUUACCAAAAAGAUGGCUAAAAAGUCACGAUCAAGAAUAAGAUCAGCUUCGCCGACUCGUAGAAGUAACAGUAGCUCCCCUGGUUACUCUCCUUCGUACAGUAGGCCUACUGUUGCUGCUGCAAAUCACUGCAGAUCAAGUUUGGAGGGAAGAUUCAGUUGCCUUGAUAUUUGUAAUGGUAAUCCGAUCGAAACAGAUACGGACACUAGACCACCUUUUGUCGUUAGAAAGGUUGAAAAAUCGCUAAUUUCCAGAACACCUGGAGGUUUGGAUUAUAGUUCGAAGAGGAAGAAGAAUAAAUCGAAGCAGAGUGAGUGUUCGCACGUUUCUACACCCUUUCUCGACAAAAAAUGCGCAGUUUGUCACUUAUAUAAACGAUAUCUUGGAAAAAGUUACAUCGGCCAUCCAUUAUUUCAUAAAAAAAUCAAGUCAAAGGUUGUGAAAGAACCAAAUGGUACUCAUAUUCACUUUCACGAAUAUUCCGAUGAUGAUUGGACUGAUGAAGAUGUUCCCGAAUUGGCUACUACUAAUGGGAAUUAUAGGCCUUCUUAUAGAUCAGCGAGCCCAACAUUGCACCGUCCAAGUUUAAAGGAAAGAUUUGCCGAUUAUGCAACUUCUUUCGAUUCGCUUGAUCAUUUGGCUGUCGACUUUGAAUUGGCCAAAAACCGAAGAUAUUAUCCUUAUUAUUAA